UAAACACCCUCUCUCUCUCUCUCUCUCAACUUUUGAAUUUCCUCUCUCUUGAUUCCUGGUUCUCUCUUGAUUCCUGGUUUUCUUCCUCUACAUUCUACCCAACAAGAUAAGAACAAAGAAAACCAGAGUGACAAAGCUUGUUUUCCUUCUAGACGAAGGAAUUGAUUGAUUGGAUGUCCAUAACCUCCAAUCUGCGACACUCAUCAUUGGCCUGAGAACGAUGCCAAACCAGCUAUGGUUUGCACUGCUAAUGAUCUACUGGGAUGGACAGAUUUUCCUAAGGGCCUCCGAGUCCUCCUCCUCGACGAAGACAGCAGUUCUGCUGCUGAGCUAAGGUUGAAGCUCGAGGAAAUGAACUACAUUGUUUCUAUGUUCUGCGAUGAGGAUGAAGCUUUGACAGCAAUUUCGGACAAACCUGAGAGCUUCCAUGUUGCUAUUGUAGAGGUGAGCACCGGAAACAGCCAUGGAAGAUUCAAGUUUCUUGAAGUUGCAACAGACUUGCCCACAAUAAUGACUUCAAACACACAAUGCCUGACUACCAUGAUGAAGUGCAUAACGCUUGGAGCAGUUGAAUUUCUCCUAAAACCUCUUUCUGAUGACAAGCUUAGAAAUAUAUGGCAGCACGUUGUUCAUAAGGCAUUCAACGCAGGAGGAAAGGACCUCUCUGAAUCAUUAAAGCCUGUCAAAGAAUCCAUGGUUUCUAUGCUUCGCCUCCAGUUGGAAAACGGAGAACCAAUGAGCGGUAUCUCAGUCAAAGAAGAACAUGAAACUGUGGUGGAAGAAAACAAGGAGGAGCACGAUAAGUACCCAGCUCCCCCAACCCCGCAAUUGGAACAAGGAGUGAGGUUGGUGGAUGAUGGGGAUUGCCAAGACCAGAUUAACUGCUUGACAGAGAAAGAGGGCGGGGAUCAAGAUGGGGAAUAUAAAUCUGUUGACACUACUUGUGAAAAUUUAGAUGCUGAAACUACCGUUUGGGAAAUCCCACCUCAGAUAUCGGAAGUGGCUGUUAUUAAAGAUGAGGAUGAAUCACUUGAUGGUUGUAAGAGCGAGAGUAACGUGUCUUCGCGUUUAGAGAACAAAGACGGUCCUAGUGAUUCUGGUGGUGAUGCUGCAAACCUGAAUAAGGCAUCUGGGGUUCGUAAUUCAUGUGGGAAUAAAGCUAAUCGGAAGAAGAUGAAGGUAGACUGGACACCUGAACUGCACAAAAAGUUUGUACAGGCUGUAGAUAAACUUGGCGUGGAUCAGGCCAUUCCUUCUCGAAUACUAGAGUUGAUGAAAGUGGAUGGAUUGACUAGACAUAAUGUAGCUAGUCAUCUCCAGAAAUACAGAAUGCAGCGGAGACACAUUUUGCCGAAGGAAGUUGAGAGGAGAUGGCCUCAUCCAAGAGACCCCUCACAAAGGAGUUACCAUCCACACAAACCUGUUAUGGCCUUCCCUCCAUAUCAUUCUAAUCCGACCCUACCUGCUGCUCAGGUCUAUCCGGCAUGGGGACCUCCCAGAAGCUACGCCUCCGGUGUCCAGAUGUGGGGCCCUGCUUUCUAUCCACCGUGGCAGCCUACAGAAAGUUGGCAUUGGAAGCCAUAUCCAGGGAUGCAUGCUGAUGCAUGGGGCUGCCCUGUGAUGCCACCACCGCCACCUCACGGACCAUAUCCGUCUUUCCCUCAAAAUGCCAAUGGGUUUAACAAUGCUUAUGCAACACAUAGCAGCUACAUGAUGCCACCGAGUUCUGUUGAUCUUCAAGCGGCAGACGAGGUCAUUGACAAGGUUGUGAAGGAGGCAAUAAACAAGCGAUGGUUGCCUCUUCCCAUAGGCCUCAAGCCUCCUUCAACAGACUCUGUACUCACUGAGCUCUCAAGGCAAGGCAUCUCCACCAUCCCUCCCCACCUCAUCUAACGGCUCUCAUCCUCCCCCACUCUUCUUCCUCCCAACACCAUUGUAGUAGAUGAUGAUGCAAUUGCUCACCUCAUUCUCCGGUCACACACCAAGGCAAACAAACUAAAAAAAAAAACAAAAAGACAACCAAAGGGUCCACUCAGACUCGGAUCCUAUCCAACACCACAGUAAAAAGGUGGCAAUGCUGCUGAUUUGAUUGGGAAUUUCAAUGGUUGAGGAUGGGCCACGUAUGUGGGUUUAUAGCCAUGGAGAUCAACAUGUGGUUGUAAAUAGAUCACUGACCUAGAACACUGUCAUGGGGAUGGUGUGUGUUAUUGUUAGGUGGGGAUGCAGUACUGGUUGGUUGCUGUCCUUAAUAAUGGAACUGGGUCGAGCUCAUAAUGUUGUGGGAGGUACUUGUGAAUAACAAUUGAUGUCCUUUUUGCAAUCUUUUUGGUUGAAAUAGUCACUUUGUUUGUUUGUUUGUUUU